AUUAUAGUGAAAUGUGAACCUUCUCUUUUAAAAACCCAAAUUCGUCUUUAUCGGUUUACUCCACUGACAAUCCAUUAAUAAAUUAUUCGAGUAAAGAAGUAUUACUUCUUUUGAAAAAUGGCAUUAAGUAUUUUCAGAAGCUUAAGCAGAUUUUCCAAUCACUCCAAAGGUCUGAGUGGUACGGCUCUUGCGAAAACGAUCUCUGCAAAAAAUACUACUUUUCUGGCAAGAGCAUUGUCUUCUGAGCAGAAGACAGACACAAGACCUACUGUAAGAAAACCAGAUAGUCAUGUAUCGAGACCGAUGCUGAGCCAGUUUGGCGUGUACGUAGCCGAAAUUAUGCCAAAGUACGUCCAGAAGGUGCAGUUAACUGCAGGAGACGAGUUGGAGAUUUUAAUCGCGCCAGAAGGAGUUCUACCAGUUUUACAGUUUCUCAAGGACCACCACACUGCCCAGUUUGUCAACCUGUCGGACAUAACCGCAGUCGACGUUCCAAGCCGGCAGUACCGGUUCGAAAUCGUUUACAAUCUUCUGUCCUUGAGGUUUAAUUCAAGAAUUCGUGUCAAGACAUACACGGACGAACUUACACCCAUUGAUUCAGCUUGUCCGAUUUUCAAAGGUGCUAACUGGUAUGAAAGGGAAGUUUGGGACAUGUUUGGUGUUUUCUUCUCGAAUCAUCCUGAUUUGAGGAGAAUCUUGACUGAUUACGGAUUCGAAGGACAUCCAUUCAGGAAAGACUUCCCUCUCUCGGGAUAUGUUGAGGUGAGAUAUGACGACGAGAAAAAGAGGGUUGUGGUAGAACCAUUGGAAUUGACUCAAGAAUUUAGAAAAUUUGAAUUGUCAAGCCCUUGGGAGCAGUUUCCAAAUUUCAGAGAAGCCGCCCAAGAGGUGCCAGUGCAAGAUAAAAAAGAAUAAAUCAAAGUGUACAUUAAAUAGUUGUUAUAUUUAAUAAAAUGUAGAUAUUUCUGUUGA